AUGAACGCAAUGAACGUUGCGUCGGGUGCUCCAGCCUUGUGGCAGGAGGCGCGUAAUGCUGAUGGCAGGGUUUACUACUAUAACACGCAGACCAAGGCGACACAAUGGACGAAACCUGAGGAGUUGAUGACAGGCGUUGAGCGUGCUCUGGCAGAUCAGCCAUGGAAGGAAUACACCGCGGAAGGAGGACGCAAGUACUGGUACAACACGGAGAGCAAGCAGAGCACAUGGGAGAUGCCCGAGGUUUACAAGAAGGCGCUCGCACAGGCUCCCCCAGCUGCUGGCCCCUCCUUCGUUGCAGGCGCGGUCGCCUUGUCCUCACAACCUCAGUAUCGUGAACGCGAACGCGAACGUGAUGACUAUGACCGAGACCGCGGUGACCGAGGAGACAGAGGAUAUGGUGAACGCGAAAGACGUGGAUAUGGGUCCUAUGACAACGGCAUGAUGCCUGCGCCAGCCGUGGACACCGGGCCCGAUCCCGCUUAUGGCUCGACUGAGGAGGCAGAGAAUGCUUUCAUGAAGAUGCUGAAGCGCCACAACGUCCAGCCUGACUGGACUUGGGAGCAGACGAUGCGAGAGACAAUCAAGGACCCGCAAUACCGCUCCCUCAAAGAUCCGCGAGACCGCAAGUCUGCUUUUGAGAAAUAUGCGGUCGAGGUUCGCAUGCAGGAAAAGGAUCGGGCGAAGGAAAGAUUCGCUAAGCUCCGCGCAGAUUUCAAUACCAUGCUGAAGCGGCAUCCUGAAAUCAAACAUUACAGUCGCUGGAAGACAAUCCGGCCCAUCAUCGAGGGUGAGACUACCUUCCGAGCCACCGACGAUGAGAGUGAGAGACGCCAGCUUUUCGAAGAGUACGUCACUGAACUCAAAAAGACUCACGCGGAGCAGGAAUCUGCAACACGCAAAGCGGCUAUGGAUGAGCUGGUUGGAAUUCUUAACUCACUAGAGCUGGAGCCAUACACGCGGUGGGCGGAGGCACAAGCGACUAUCGAGUCUAGUGACAAGUUCCAGGGUGACGAUAAGUUCAAAACCCUGAGCAAAUCCGAUGUUCUGACCGCGUUCGAAAAUCACAUCAAGUCCUUGGAGCGUACUUUCAACGAUGCUCGCCAGCAGCAAAAGGCCGCUCGGGCCAGAAAGGAGCGUCGCCACCGCGAGCAGUAUCUGGAGCUUCUCAAGGAGCUGAAGUCCCAGGGAAAGAUCAAGGCUGGCAGUAAGUGGAUGCACAUACGCCCGGUGAUUCAGGAUGAUCCUAGGUACCAUGCAAUUCUGGGUCAGGCCGGAUCGACCCCUCUGGAUCUGUUCUGGGACAUGGUGGAGGAAGAGGAGCGCUCGCUCCGCGGUCCUCGUAAUGAUGUACUUGACGUUCUCGAUGACAAACGCUUCGAGGUUACCUCUAAAACUACCUACGAAGAGUUCAAGUCUAUCAUGGUUGCUGACAGACGCACUUCGAAGAUUGACCCUGACAUUCUCGAGCUCCUUUUCCAGCGCAUCCAGGAUAAAGCGAUCCGCAGAGAUGAGGAAGAGAAGCAUGCGGCUGACCGCCACCAGCGCCGUGCAGUCGACGCUUUGCGGUCUCGUAUCAAGCGUCUGGAGCCCCCUGUGCGCAUUACAGAUACAUGGGAGCAGGUCCAGCCCCGGAUUGAGAAGUACGAAGAAUACAAGGCUGUUGAAUCCGACGAGCUUCGCGAAUCAGCAUUCGAAAAGGUCAUUCGCCGUCUUAAGGAGAAAGAAGAAGACACCGAUAAGGACCGUGAGCUCCGCGAUCGAGAUCGGAGCCGCCGUGACUACGACCGCGGUGACCGCGACUAUCGCAGUAGCCGUGGUGAACGACGAGGCGGUAGCCGUGUUAGCCGCUCUCCAGAGCCCGACGCUUAUGAAGCCGACAGGCGCAAGGCAAUGGCAGACCGUGAGCGAUCCUACCGCAAAACAAGCGGCUUUUCGCCAACACGCGACCGUCGCGAUGACCGUGAUCGAGACCGCGAGCGCUACCGUGAGCGCGACAGCCGGGACUAUGACAGACGUCCCCGAGAGGGUGACCGGCGCGAGGAUGAGCGCGAGCGUCUGUACCGCGCCCGCGGAGAUCCACGCGGUGGUCGCGACGAGCUAGACUACGGUGGCGAUGCUCGUAGUACGGCCAGUGACCGCCGACGUCGACGUGAAAGCGACUCGGAGAGUGUCGCGAGUCGGUCUGUGAAGCGGCAUCGGAGGGACAGUCGGGAGAGGGAGCGCAGCAAGGGUCCGCGGAAGAGAUCGUGCAAAGGAGACUUCUGCGGUCCCCGAGGAAAAUACUAA